GUACCAAUUUCAAGAUGCCAGGGCGUUCCAGUAUAAAUUCAGGUUCCACUCGCUACAUAUCCUUCAGUGGUGUGGAGUCCGCUCUCUCCUCCUUAAAAACUUCCAGAGCCUGCAUCAGCUGAAUGGACACAGUUUCUAGUGUUGCCCUGGACAUUGUGGAGACUCAGACUGAAGUGAGCAGUGAGUACAGUAUGGACAGGGCCAUGGUUGAAUUUGCUAAAAUGGAUCGAGAACUCAACCAUUAUGUUAAGGCUGUCCAGUCUACGAUAAAUCACGUAAAAGAAGAACGUCCAGAAAAAGUGCCAGAUUUAAAAUUACUAGUGGAGAAGAAAUUUUUGGCUUUGCAGGAUAAGAAUUGUGAUGCUGACUUUAAAGACAAUGAAAAGUUUGUGCAGUAUAAGCAGCAGCUGAGGGAGCUGAAGAAGCAAUAUGGUCUGCAUGCAGACAGAGAGAAUGACUGGAUAGAAGGAAUUGAUGAAGAUAUGAUUGUGACCCAGAGCCAGACCAAUUUCAUCUGCCCCAUAACACAGCUGGAAAUGAAGAAGCCAGUGAAAAAUAAAGUGUGCGGUCACACCUACGAAGAGGAAGCCAUUGUUCGCAUGAUCGAGUCCAAGCACAAGAGGAAGAAGAAGGCCUGCUGCCCCAAAAUUGGCUGUAGUCACACAGACAUGAGAAUGUCGGAUCUCAUCCCAGAUGAAGCCCUGAGAAGGGCAAUCGAGAGCCACAACAAGAAGAAAAAACGCCACUCUGAGUAGGAACAAGCCCCCCUGCCCACAGGGAUGCCAGCAGCCUACCUCCACCCCAGCCUCUUGAGAGUGAACUUAGAAUGCAAUUCAGGGCUGACUGACCAGCACACUGCGUUUAGGGUAACACCUGAUGGCUAAUUUAAUUGAAUGCAUUUUUCAAGUUACGAACUAAAAACACAAGUACUCUUUAUUUUCAAGUGCUCUGGAGUUUUAAAUAAAAUUUUGAUAAUCCUCA